AGAUAAAACUUGUCAAAUGCAUAGAGAAGACACUGUGGAGUGGGUUGUAUACUCAUACGAAACGAAUCAGAACAAACCAAAUCAUAUACGGAUCGGGUUAAAGUUGUUGAUAUCGUGUGUCGUGCGUGUUUUUUUUUUUUUUUUUUUUGCAUUGUCGAAUCUUCUAAUUUCCCGAUCCACAAAGUAACAAUCGUGACACAAGUCAUCUAACCCUUCUCUUAUCAAGUAAAAUGAUCAAUUUAAGAGAAAUUUUACAAUGCUAUAUAGUAUUGGUGCUAUAGGUUUUUGUCUUGAUGGUACAAUUUAAAAUUGUACAUUUAUGUUAUGGUACAACUUCAGAUUGUACCUAUACUUUUUGUACAAAUUCUUUUAUGGUACAACUUGAACUUGUACAUUUAUGUGAUGGUACAACUUCAAAUUGUAAAGUUGUACCAUAACAUAAUAGUACAAAUUGCUUUAUGGUACAACCUAAACUUAUACAUUUAAUGUUAUGGUACAACUUUGAGUUGUACAUUAAAGCACCAAUACUAUAUAGCAUAGUAGAAGUGCUCUCAAUUUAAUGGGUAUGUACACGUAUCCUUAUCAAAUUCGCCAAAGAAACCACUAGCAAAUAUUAAUUUAAUGAGUUUCUUUUUGGUACAACUAUCAGGGAGUCCCUUUUUUUCUUAAUGGAAAACACCUACAUAUACAUUUUUUUUUCUUUCAUCUGAAGUUUCCCAAUGAAUUAAAUUCUUAACAAAUUGUUUUGAGUUAAAUUUGGUAAUAAAUUUGGAGAAAACCAAGUUUGUUUGAGGUGGGAAGAAAAUUAAAACGUUUUCGUCCUCUGCUUGAAAGGAGUAUGGGGCGACGGCUCAGUCGCGUAAUAUUAAAGUGACGCGCUCGGGGAGGCGAAAUGAUGUCAUUACUGAUGAUGGGGAUCCCUGAUGCUGACAUCACAGCAAAGCUUAACGUCUUAACCUAGCUAUCUGCCCUUACCUCUUAAUUGAAUUUGAACCCUUCGUUUCAAAUAAACUGGCCAUGUAUUUUGGUAAAUAUAUAAAUUAGCUUUAAUGAAAAAAAGUACUAGAAUGGUAUACAAUUUCAAAUGUUUCCAUGAACCGAGAAAGGGAAUAAGUAAAAAACCAAAAUGUAAACUUUUGAGAAAAUUAGCUAAAAUUCAUAGUAGAACUGUUACCGUAUUGAUACCUUCUUAUCAGUAUGUCCUGACACCUUUUAUAUCGAAAACUCAUCAAAUUCAACAAUUAGAAGCAAGCAACUCACUGACAUAUACAAUUAUACAUACACUAGAAGGAUGCAUGUGCGUAUAUGCUUAACACAUGUUGCAAAUAUUUUUUUAUACGUGUUGUAAAUACUCUAAUUAAACCUCACGAAUACUUUUAAGACAUGUCUUAAAUACAGUUUUUAAUAAUGCGUGAAAAUCUAUAUUGUUCCUGAAAAAAAAAACAUCUCCAAAUUUACACAUCGUAAUUUGUCUUAUUCCAUACAAAUGUGUCCAGGAAUUCUUGGUAAGUUCAUGGAAGGAUCAUUUCCCCCCACUAGGCUCCAGUCAUUAGAAGGUAUCUUUAAUUAUUAAAUGGCAAAGCGAGAAACACACCGUAAUUAAUUAGUUUAGUUAAGUUUCAUAAGCACAAACAUCAUCAUCAUCAUCACACAUAUAUAUGCUUACUUGGUUACUUGGUUGACUAUCUCUCUAAAUCUUAUACUAGCUAGCUACUUGGUCUUGUUAAACUACUUCACAACAAACUCUCUCCAACCUUGACAUGUAUAUAUAUAUAUAUUUAAAAAUCAUAAGCAUGUACCUUGACAUUGUACUUUUUUCCCGUAUAUAUAUAUAAUGGACUGACGAACUAUUUUAUUUUGUUUCAACAACCGAAAAUUCCAAUAAUCCCUUGACUCACACAAAUUAAAACCAUUAUCUAUUCCUCUCCCAGCCCAGCUCAGCUCAUCAUCACAAAUUUGAUCCUAUCAUAAUUAACGCAAUUAGUUGUCUUCAAAAAGGGGGGAAAUUAAGAACAAGUGUCCAUAAAUAUAUAUAUCCACUUGCAUCAAACCUACAGAGAUCAUCCGAGUAAUUGUCCAAUCAAUCAAUGCCUACAUUUUCCAGAAUCGUCACGCAACAAUUUUACAAAGAUAAAAAAAGCCCUUAUAUUCAAUUAACUACAGCCAAAUGAGAAAAUUAGAGAAUCACAAGCAAAAUCCAUGUGUUUUAUUACUAUUCAAUGCUACGGAUUGUUGUUAAGCUAUGGCUUUCCGGCCAAGGAGUCCAAAUCAAAUGUUAAGAGUCAAACUAGCUAGCUAUUUUCGACACAUCAUGAUCACUACGUACCUAUGCAAUUGCCGAAUUGCGUAUGUUUAUCUGAUGAUUUAGGUAGAGCGAGGGGGGAUUAAGUAAGUGGGAAAAAGAGUUUUUAUAUAUAUAGGUGGGAACAACAUUAUACAUUUUCCUGUAAAAAUGGACGUAAGAGAAUAAGGAUUUUGCAUAGGAAUAAUACGGAAAUUACUCUAAAUUAAUAUUUAAAAAAUUAGCAUUCACAUUUCCACACACUUGCUGCGGUACAGUCGUAGCAUGGUCGAGACCAUGGUUGUCUCGCCGGUUGGCAUGUCACCCGUUUAACCGGAUUCAUUCAGUAUUAUAUAUGCGUGAACAUCACCGGUACAAUCAAUAUGAUUGAUUUACGAUCACUAAGCAAAAUAUUCCCGUUUUAGUGAACUUAAGUAAUAAAAAAAUUAAUUUAACAUUUAUUUUGUGAGUUUAAAAGUUAAUUUUUGACGUUAUUUAUUGGAUUCAAGUAUAAACAUUUAGGUAUUGAUGUUAAAUGUUAUAUUUAAAUAUAAGUAUUUGUAAUCUUAUUAGCAAUGUCACAUUUUAUUUAAAUAUCAAAGUAAAUUAUCUUCAAAUAUAUUUUUAUGUAUGAUUAAAUUUAUUUAUUGUUAAUAAAUUUCCACAUUUCUACAAAUUUUGUUAAACUAGCCUGAACCGAUACACUAUUUAUACAACCAGUUGGACCAUUUCACUUGCUAAACCGAUGUCAUGAUAUAAGCCCGUUUAACAACCUUGACCAUGUAAGGCUGCAACACUUUUGUUUUUAUCUCUUUAGCUAGAUAGGUGAAUGUGUAUAAGUUUCCACGUGGAAUUUGGUCGUCCACGUGUACGCAUGUCCUUUUAAUUUCAUUCAAAACUGUUACCGUACGUACACGUAGCAGCUUGGGGUUGGCCAGUCGCCAGCGUAGCGAGACCUUUGCUUACAACUGGGAUGCAUGCAUGCAUCGUCUUAACCGAACAGUAAGAUUCAAUGCCCAAUUUGUUGAACUUAAUUUUGAUCAUUAAUUACCUUUUGGACUUAAGCUGCAGAAAGACCUAAUUAUUAUUAGCCAAGUCGUGUUUUAGCUUUUUUGGGCACCCUUGCUUUGACCAAAUUAAACGACACUUAAUUUUGCCUUCUAGACAUAGAAAAUACUAAUAGGAAGAACGACGACUUUCUAGUUCUACGUACUCUGAAGGAAUCACGAGGCGCUGACGAUGGAUCGACUCGUCAGCAACUCAUCAUGCUUACGUAUAUAUUCACGGACCAGGCUAGCUAGGAAUGAACACGAUUCACGAGGCGCCGGCGGCCGACGACUCAGUGCUCUCAGUCAGUCCCCGCCGUCGGUCUCGGCCCUCAUGCAACUCAGUCCAUUCACACGUAUGGUACGACGCCGUUAUGGCAGCAUAAACUCACUUUCCCAAUCCAUCCCUUUUGUUAACUCAGCAACUGAUCAUGCUUACAUACUUCCCAUUUCCCAAUUCUUACUUCACUGAAGUGGCGAAGCCAGAAAUUCGAACGAAGGGGUUGAUUUGAAUGGUCGUAAUUGGAGGAGGAGGGCUAAAGUUUUACCGACCAUUCUAAUUCCUAAAUUUGUACAAUUUUAUAUUAAAUUUUACUUAUAUUUCAAAAUUGAGUGGGGCUACUUUCACUCAUAGUUUCAAUCUAAUUCCACCAUUGUUUCGUUGUAUGAACAUUUUGAGUUGUUUAUCUAGUCUCAAUAACUCGAGCUAUUGAGAAAAAUGCAAUAAUAAAUCUUAUAUAACAUGUACAUAAGUAGGAGUAUAUUGAUGGGCGGAAACUGUCAAGAACCAGUUGAUCCCAAUAACUCGAGUUGUUGGGAGAAUGUUAUGCUCGAUCUUAUACAGGUCCGUGUGUGGUGCUUAACCACUUCCUUACACGCCCCCUCAAACGAAAGCCGACUCAUGGGCUUGAAGUUUGCACAGGCCCGCCAUACCAUGUGCUUGAAAGACAACGGUUAAUAUUGGGGGUCGUGAGGACUUGAACACGUGACCUCACAGACAAACCAGCUCUGAUACCAUGUCAUAAACCAGUUUGUCCCAAUAACUUGAGUUGUUGGGAGAAGGUUAUGCUGGAUCUUAUACAGGUACGUGUGUGGUGCUUAACCACUUCCUUGCAGAACAACUAAAUUAACUAUUGAUCGUGUCGUCCCAAUCAAUGCAUUAUUGCAUAUGAUUGAGUAUUUCGUAGACUUGCCUGAUGCGCUGUAUACGUUUACAAUGUGGGAUAGACUGUUGCUGAUUGAAAAUGUGCUGGGUUUUGGACACCCUUAUAUUUUGGGGAAAACAUUUUCAUAAUGGGUCUAGUUGAUUGCAAGUUAUCAAAUGGGACGUAUAUACACAUCACCAUCUCAAGGACAUUAAUGAUAAAAAUACGUCAAUUUCCCCCAAAAAUUAUAUUCAAGGAUCUAAUUGCUACGGAUCUAUGAGUUGUUAAGAGGUUAUUAAUAAUUCCACUGGGUUUGAAAAAGUCGAUCCGUGACCACAUAAAGUAAUUGCUACAGGGGGCGUUGUAUAAUUCUAUGACAAAUGAAGAACGACACAAAGCAAAUUGAAAACGAACAAUGAACACCGAAAUUUUAAACAGGUUUCUCCUCUGAAUAUCAAAAAUAGCCUACAUGAAAGAUAGUACUCUUUAAGUGGCUCUUAUUUUCUUACAGUCGUGCUCGAGUUACAGACUAUACACACACGAUAUCUUUACGUAGACAUAAGAGAAUAAUUACAUAAAGAUACCUAUACGUACUAAGCUGUCUGUCACUUUAAAUGUUUCAUCAUCCAUUCCAUCUUUGAAUACAAGCAAUAAUAAUUUUCUGGAUCCGUUUUCAUAAAUAAAAAGUAAAUAAAUUCCUCCAACUAGCCAGUCAAAUUGUUCUCACCGGCCAGGAUCAGCAAUCUUUAACCAAAAAUUAUCAAACUAUCUAGCUACCGACCUCCAAGUAGUGAUCGAGUACAUCAUAAAUCAAUAUAAUUAUUAAACACAUACACUUUUUAUUUAUUUAAUAAUCCUAUAGGCUGUAGCAUAGCAGCCCAAAACCACUCAUCUCUCUUUCACAUUGCUUACCUCGCAAGCAAGGAGGGGCAAAAUCGACAUAUUCACUUAACCCACUAGAUUAAUUAGAUUAGAUACAGAGUAAGAAAGUCAACUAUAAAAGUCCAACACGCCCUCUCUAGCUAGCUAGUUGCAAAGUAGCACAAGUUACUACUACACCAAAGACCUAUAAAUACACCUUCUCCUUCCUUCCUUCUUCCUCUUAUUCCCUUUCUCAGUUUUCUCAUACCAAUCCUUCUCUUUUUCACCCUUUCCUCAACAAGCAAAAAAAAUGACGAUGAACAGAACCAUAAGCCUCACCAUGCAACAAGGCGGCGGCGGCGGCGGCGGAGGCGACCUAACCCUAACCAUGGCCAACUGCCUCAUGCUUCUCUCCCAAGCCACCGCCGACCACCACAACCGCCAGUACGACGCCGUCGGCGUCAACUUCAACUCCACCACCACAACCUCCUCCUCCUCCGAGCCUUCCCGGGUCUUCGAGUGCAAGACAUGCAACCGCCAGUUCCCUUCCUUCCAGGCCCUCGGCGGCCACCGCGCCAGCCACAAGAAGCCCCGCGGCCUCGCCGCAGCCGGAUCCCCCGGCGGCUCCUACGACGUCGUUUCGUCGUCAUCACCGGUGAAACCCAAGACCCACGAGUGCUCCAUCUGCGGGCUCGAAUUCUCCAUCGGCCAGGCACUCGGCGGACACAUGAGGAGGCACCGAGGUUCACGCGCCGCCGCAGCGUCGUCGUCGGAGAGCCACGAGAGUCCUGGUACUCCGCCGCCAAGAAAGAGGGCUAGGGUUUUGAUGAUGAUGGGGCUGGAUCUCAACUUGACGCCGUUUGAGAAUGAUGCCAGGAUGUUUAAGCUUGGCAAGGCGGAAGCUAAUUCUUCUCCCAUGGUGGAUUGUUUUUAUUGAUUUUUUUUUUUUUGGUUUCGCUGUCGUCCAUGGAAAUUUCCAUUUUUGAGUAUAGCUAGAAUGGUUUGAUCAAUUAAUUAUUACAUGUGCAGUUGGGUUCACAUAUUAAUUUCUUGAUUUUUUUUAUACUUCAUAUACAGAUACGACAUAUAUACAGAUUCUCUAAUAAAUUUGGUUCAGUAAACCUUGAACGGUUUUUUUUUUUUUUUACAAUUUUGAUUUUCCUUAAGUAAUUAUUACGAUGAUUUUAAUGGCUUUGGUUCAUUUGAGUUUUUCUGCGUCAUGUUGAGAUAAGGAUGACGGGGAAGAGUUAUUAAUUCGGUGGUUAAAUGGUUAGAUUUGACUAUAAUUGAUUAGAUAUAGGGUGAUUAAUAUAUAAUAUAUCUAUCCGCGCCUACAUUUAUUUUCGGAAUGGAAAUUGAGGAAUUGACCGAAAUGAAUUGCUACGGAAAAUUAAAACGCGGAGAAAAUAAUGACGUCUGGAGUUUUCUUCUUUUAUUAAUGCAAUCUUGCUUAAAGCGUGACAUGGACUCGUUGAUUCCACAUUUUCUAGCUUUCCACUAGAAACUUAAUUAGUUUCACAUUUGGGAGCUGGAAAUUGAUAUACUGCAUCUAUCUACCUUACCCACUUUGUCAAAACGAAAGAAAAAAUGGCACUGUUCUCGAAAGAUAAUCUAUAAGAGUGAAUUUAGACUAGUGUAUAUAUAUAUAUGAACUGUUUUAGUGUUUUGUCGAUGAAAUUAGUGGAGAUAACACAUAAGUAACAACUAUAACAUGUUAGCUCGAGCUAGUUUUUAUCGUGGAGAACGUGUCGGUUAGUCCAGCUUCUGUCUCCUGCACUUCAUCCGUCCCGAAUCAAUUUGACCCGAUUAAUUCGAUUCACCCAAAUGUCCAGCACUCACAACUAGCCGAAAAGUCGCAUAAUUCACGAGUUUGUAGUUUGUAGUCUCGAAUUACGACAUUAAGAGUACUUAAGACCGUAACUGAAUUUGGUCUAGAAAUUAGACCUGUUUACAGGCGCCGUAGGGUUUGAAGAACUCAAUUAGAUGAGGAGACCUCGGAGUGCUUUAUAUAUACGAUCUACCAAUCUUAUCAAUCCAACAAGGCAGUGCCUUCAUUUCAAUGGGCUUUUCUAUUAGAAGAAAGUCGUAUCCAGUUAAGGCCUAAGGGUACGUUUGUUUUACUUAUAUAUAUAAAAGGGGUACGUUUGUUUUGUUUAAUGAUUUGCUUCGAAGGAGCAGAAUAAUAUGUUUGGUAAUUAGGGGAAUAAUUAUUGAUGGACAUGUACAUGCAUGCAUGCGACAAUAGCCACCAAUUUAGGGGAACCCAUCAAUUUGUUUGAAUGUUUAUAGUGUUUUCAGUUUUGCAUGAAUGGUAUAAGUUUGACUAUUACCUAAUAAAAUUGCAUCACCAUUAUCUAAAGAAGUUUGACUGUUACCUAAUUCCAAUUGUCAAAUUUUAUGAAAUUUAUGGAAUAGGUUUGUUAAUUAGAACGUUUGAAAAUAAAUUAUGGAGUGAAAGUAUAAACCUAGCUAGAGACUACAAUAUUGUUCGCCUCAUGGAAAAUUUUCAAUUUGUGAGAGUUCACAUUGAUUCAUCUUUGCUAUUUCUUCGAUCUGCAGCGAAGAUCUUUUUUAGUUGGUGCAUUGUUAAGAUUCAGAUUAAGUGACUUACUAUAAGAUUAAGACCAUACAUAUCCUUAUAAUUUAUUAACAAUUUUGAAUGUAGUCUCUACUAACAUAUCAAUAAAUCUAACAAUUACUC